UAAAAAUCAGAAAUAUCUCGAGCCUUCAAAUUGCGUAUUGCUGUUCCUGCAGAAUGGGGCGAUUCACCAUGGUGACCACCAUCAUAUCUACUGAUCAGCUAGCACCACCCUCCCUCCUUUUUUGAUGUUAGGCUCUGAGACUAUGAUUAUUAUGGCUACCGCAAAUAUAUUGCUUGGUACCAGACAUGUUCGUACCCCAUAUUCCAUCUCCCUCGCUUUCUUAAUGAGUGCUUCCAAUAGGUCUCCACGUACAUCUUUACGAACAUAUUAUAUAUGUGUGCAUGCAUCCUGAUGAACAGAUUACUUUAUAAGAAGUUAAAACCUUAAAGAGUGAAACGAAUAGGUUUUGUGAAUGGUGGAGCAAGAUUUAGCAGAACACUAUAGUUAAGGUUCAAUUUAGGUAGUAUGGACUGAAGGUAAGGUCGGUUGGCAGGACUUAGUGUACAAAAUUUUCAUGAAAGUCUUAUAUAUAGUAAACAUCUGACAUUGCAAAGUAACGUGUCUAAUGAUAUAGAUGUUAGCCUGGUGAUGGGUAAAUCUAGAGUUGCACCUCUAAAGACGGUUUCGAUUCCGAGAUUAGAACUUAAUGCAGCCUUACUAGCUGCGCAGUUAUUCACAACGGUGUGUAAAGAGUUGGAUUACCCCAAGCAUCCCGUAACGUUUUGGACUGAUUCGAUGUCUGUGAUAUAUUAUAUACGCAACGAGUCAGCAAGAUAUGCAUGUUUUGUAGCUAACAGAGUAUCUCAAAUUCGUGAACUAACAACUGUUGAGCAGUGGAGGUACGUACCGUCUGGAAAAAAUCCAGCUGAUCUAGCCUCGCGAGGAGUUAUUGAUAUGAAUGUGGUUAAAAAUAAGUGGUGGAAAGGUCCAGAGUUCUUGCUAAGGGCUGAUAGUAUGUGGCCUCGUAGAGAAGAUGAACCACCGAUAAACGAGUGUGCCUUGGAGUUGAAGACAAGUGUCAGUUUAACAUCUACUCAAGAAAGACAUUCAGGUUUACAUCCACUUUUUAAAUAUUAUUCUUCUUGGUACAAACUACUGAAAGCUGUUGCGUGGUUGACACGAUAUGUUACGUAUUUAAAGGUCAUGCAUCUUGCGGGAUACGAAAAUAUGAAUGUGGGACCUUUGAGAGUCGAAGAUAUUAAAAUGCAGAGUUAACGAUUUUGAGGGCUGCUCAGUGGGAAGCGUGGGGUGAGAUUGCCAAGGAGGAUAGUCCCGAUUUCGCAGAUUUCAAGGUGCGGUUAGAUAGAUUAUCUCCGAUAGUUUCCGAAGGGAUCGCUAGAGUUGGUGGACGUCUACAAAUGUUAGAAUCGUCAUAUGAGACCCGUCAUCCGGCUUUAUUACCUUGCUACCAUCCAGUCACUGAUCUCAUUAUAAGACACUACCAUGUUCUUGAAGGUCAUUUGGGUACUUCGCAAGUACUAUCAAGUAUUCGAUGUAAGUUCUGGAUAGUGAAGGGAGGUACUGCUGUCCGUAAAAUAAUUGAUAAGUGCAUGGAAUGUAAACUCCGAAAUGCUCGUCCAGUACAGCAGAUGAUGGCACCACUCCCAGCGUGGCAAGCUUCUGAAGGGAAUUAUCCAUUUGAGUACGUUGGAGUGGAUUUGUUCGGACCUUUUGUUGUGAAGAGAGGCAGAACCCUAUGUAAAAGAUAUGGCUGUUUAUUCACCUGUUUGAAAAUGAGAGCUGUGCAUAUUGAGAUGGUUCAUACGCUAACUACUGAUUCAUUCGUGCUAGCAUUACAUAGAUUUAUAAAUCGCCGGGGUGUACCGAAGAUGAUGUUCAGCGACAGAGGGACUAAUUUUGUUGGCUGUCACGCCGAGCUUAAAGAGUACUUCGAAGGUCCCCAAACGAGAGUUCAGGAAGAGUUACUGAAAAGGAACAUCGAGUGGCACUUCAACCCACCACAUGCCAGCCAUAGAGGUGGGCUAUGGGAAAGACUUAUAGGAAUUAUCAAGCGUAUUUUAAGCUCCAUAAUUAAAAACCAGAGUUUGAAUGACGAAACGCUGGAGACAUUUCUUUGUGAAGCUGAACGAAUAUUAAAUGACCGGCCGUUAUCACCUGUGAGGGACGACGUCAAGGAUUUUGAUGUGUUAACCCCAAAUAAAUUAUUGUUAUUGAGAGGCAACCCUGGCAUAGAGGACUCAAGCGGGGAAGGAAUACCUACGAUUAAAAGAUGGAAACAAGCCAGGCACAUGAAAGAUAUAUUUUGGAAAAGAUGGUUAAAGGAGUAUGUUCUAACACUGCAAACCAGAGACAAGUGGAAAAAGUUGUGCCGAAACUUAAAGGUUGGUGACAUAGUAUUAGUAGCAGAUAAAUGUGCCACAGGUAGGUGGCCUUUGGGAGUGGUAGUAAGGCUACUUUGUAGUGGUGAUGGAUUGGUGAGGACGGUUGAGGUGAGAACAAGUUGUGGCAUGUUGGUGCGAGAUAUCAGAAAACUGUGUCUACUGGAAGGUGCUGAGAGUCGAGAGUCGGAGGAUGAAACACUUGAAGAUUUUCCAACCUAGAGCGUCAACCUGAGAGGGGUUGUAGGCGUACUGCUGUAAGUCCUACAAUUCUUCAAAGGGUAGCGCAUCAAUGAGCAGUCCAAUGUGCUUGGUGUGUGAUUUUGUACAUAUGUUCAUAUUGUAUAUACU